UCGGCUGAAGGACCUCGCGUGGAGGUAAACAGGAGAAGUUGCAUUAAUUAACAUGCAGUAAUCGAUUUAAGCCGGACAAAUUUCGCAAUUAGCUGCGUCUACGUUAUAAAAACACGAUGUCGGAAGACAACGAGUUGGAAAAGCGCGCCAUCGAUGAGCUCCUCAGAGAGACGGACAGAGCCCGGGUGAGAGCAGAGACCAUGGGCCCCGCAGGAUGGUUGAAAUGCCCUCUGAGAAGCACCAACAAGCGCUUCCUCCUCAACACCCUGCGCUCCACUGGUCUGCAGCGGCGGUCCGAGGAGCCCAGAUCUGGACACUCCACCAGCAGGGGGCGUCUGAGGAGCGAGUCCCCGGACAGGCGCAGGGACAGGAGCCGGUCCCCCCCAAAGUCCCACAGGAGCAACGGAGGCCGCACGGACCACAAACAUCACCACAGGGACAGCCGCCAACACCAGGACAAGCGGUCAGACAGAGAGAAGGACAGCCGCUACAGACACAGAGAGGACAGGGGCCGGAGACACGCUGAUGGACAGAGCAGAGAGAAAAGCAGCCAGGAGCACAGCUCUUGA